AUGGCUUUGCAGGACUUGUGCAAUUUCCAGGACGAUUCUCUGGACAGGUUAACCAGUGAAUAUCCCUCAUUGACAUUUCCAAAGAAGACUAGAUGCAACUUUGCAAACUGUCUGCCCUUCAGUGAUGGAGCAAGCUUGUUUAAUUUUUAUAUACCAGCAGCAGAGUACCUGGAUGAGAGUCCGAUACAGUUUGGGCAAACUAAAGCUGUCCAGACUCAAGAAUCUAUGCCCUUUCUCACCGACCUUCCCCUCUCCUCCUCUCACUCCAUCCCUCUUCCUUUCCCCAUGUCCCACGGCACCACAACCCUGGCUUUCAUUUUUCAAGGCGGCGUGUUGGCAGCAGCGGACACUCGCUCCAGUUGCUCGGGGCUCGUAGCAUGCCCGGCGUCCCAGAAGAUCCUGCCCAUUCACAGCCACUUGGUCGGCACGACUUCAGGUACUUCAGCCGACUGCGCUCUUUGGAAGCGGAUCCUGGCCCGAGAACUGCGGCUCUACCAGCUCCGGCACGGUCGGCGGCUUUCUACGAGAGGAGCGGCCAAAUUGCUCUCCCACAUGCUCCACCCGUUUAAGGGGACUGAGCUGUGUGUGGCGGCCACGCUGUGUGGGUGGGACACAAACGGCCCAAGUCUGAUCUACGUGUGCAGUGACGGCACCCGCCUCCAGGGAACGCUCUUCUCCGUGGGCUCAGGAUCACCUUACGCUUACUCCAUCUUGGAUCAAGGAGUGAAGUGGGGGCUGACGUUGAAGGAGGCCACGGCGAUCGCCAGAGAGGCCGUGUACAGAGCGACCCACAGGGAUGCAUAUUCCGGAAACUUUGUGGACGUCUAUCAUGUCUCUUCAAAAGGAUGGACUCGCCGGAGCAGGGAGGAUUUAAAAGAGGAGUAUUACAGAGAAAAAGAAAGACGAGAGAGCAGGGGGAAGCAGGACGUGUCUGAGUAA